ACAGAGGACAACAGGCGCAGCAGGAUAGGACUGAAAACUCAGAGUGAACGGGGUGGAAAGGAAGCAUCUGCAGCCUUCAGACUCGGACAUGAUGGAGCUCUAUCUCGACCUGCACUCCCAGCCCUGCCGCUCCGUCUUUCUGUUUGCCAAAGCGGUCGGGAUUCCCUUUGAGUUUAAGCUUGUCGACCUCGCUACAGGGCAGCAGUACAGCGAGGAGUUUGGAAAGAUCAGCAUUACGAGGAAGGUUCCUGUCAUGAAGGAUGGAAGCUUCAUUCUGACGGAGAGCGUUGCGAUCCUGAAGUACCUGGUGCAGAAAUAUUCGUCAUCGGUGGCAGAGCACUGGUAUCCAGCUGACCUGCAGCAGCGAGCUCGUGUUAAUGAAUACCUGUCCUGGCAGCACAUGAACCUCAGAGCUCAUGGCUCAAAGGUCUUCUUGCUCAGGACUCUGUUUCCUGUCAUCAUGGGCUCUGAGGCCCCGAAAGAGAAGGUGGAUGCUGCUGUCGACGAUCUGAAUCAGACGCUCAACCUGCUGGAGGCGAAAUUCCUGCAGAACAAACCGUUUAUCAUCGGCGACAAAAUCUCUCUGGCUGAUCUGGUGGCUAUAGUUGAGAUCAUGCAGCCUGUUGGAAGUGGCCUGGAUGUAUUUCAAGGCCGGCCAAAGCUGAUCGCCUGGAGAGAGCGAGUGAAGAAGGAGGUCGGUGAAAAGUUGUUUGACGAAGCUCAUGAGGUGAUCAUGAAGGUGAGCAGCCUGCCGCAGAAGAUGCAGAACAGCGGUGAUCUGGAGAUGCUCAAACCGAAAUUGCAGAAGCUUUUCAUCUGAAAACUUUUCUGUGUACAAAUUCACAUGUCAAAUGUUAUGUAGCAUAAUUCCUGUGCAGGUUUGUCAAGAAGUGCUGAGAAAGCAUUUAACCAGCUUCCAGGUAUUAACAUGUUUGGAAAACUGUGCUGUAAACAUAACAUGAUUCGCCCCAAAAAAUUAUCAUGCUAUAAAGUCUGAACAAAAUCUGAAACUCAACUCAAAUGUGAAAACUGUGAAACUGGGCUGGAAAUAUUCACCAGGACAAAUUAGGACAAAUGUUCUUUACAACAACUCAGUUUGUUCUUAUGAUCCCUACACCACUAAAAAUACUUAUAAAAACCAA